AUGGUGUUGGUGGGUGACGCGGCAGUCCGUUUGGUGUUCCCGGCUAGUAUCCAGUAUGGCCUACCCGAGACUGGAGUUCGCACACUCCGCAAUUCACAACUGCAUCUCAACGUUCCUGGUCAAGACCAAUGCAGCGGCCUCUACGAACUUUGCCACCUCGACUGGCCCUCUGAAGUACCCGGCAAUCUCACGAUCGCCGAUGACAUCGCAUCCUGCGGCAGACCCUACCAAGCCACCCAAGUCGACGCCGAUGGAAUCACACUGGACAUCUCUCAUGCCAUGGGCGUACAUCCCGACUUCGGUAACGAAGUCGUAGACCUUACUCUCGUCGCAGGAGAUAAAGACGUCUACGGCACCCCAGCCUGUCCCAUGACCGACACCGGUGCAGACGGAGCAUACGUCCUCUUCACCCAGACCAUACGCACCCUCGGCAAAGCCACCUAG